AUGCCCUCGUACCAGAUCAGGCCACCGAUUGAUCCAUCAGUCUUAAGCCAGGAUCCUACACAGGUGAUACAAAACUACAGGGAAACUCAGCCGGGUUUACUUUCGCGUAGAGUUCUGGGAUUGUUACUAGGGACAGGGAAAAAGAUUGGCCAAUAGCUGACUGGCGCGACCCCAGUAACAAUCCCAGAAACAAUCGCGGGUCAAAUUUCUUCUCCAAUAAAAUUCCCUUCUCGUUUCUAAAAAGGCGAAUAACACAACUGAAAACUGCUCUCUUUUCCUGAGUCAAAGGAGAGGGACUUUCGUAUGCAUUUUAUCCGCGUUUCCGAAAAAAAAUUUCCACGGCUUUCGAACAAUGCCGAAAAUAUUCAGGUGAUUUGUGGAGCUUGCCGAAUGACGCAGUCGCGACACUCGACAUUUCGUACCACUGACUGGAAUAUUUUGGGUGGAGAUCGAAUAAAAGUUUUUCAGUUUAAUGGUUUAUGACAAGUCGUUCGGAAUUUUGAGUCAGGAAUUGACGUUUUCCAUCUUUCAUGAUCGUGCAAUAAACUAGUAACGUUGGUGGACAGCGGGUUCGUCAAGGGUCAUUCUAUCCUGUUCAAUUAAUUAGCCUUACGAUUAUACCCCAGAUGGGGGCUGGUGGCCAGUCAACAACGUUUUAUAUAUAGAGGGAGGUUCCACCCCUAGGCCUAACGCCUUACACAUUCAUCGUUGAAGGAGCUCGUCGUGCUUGUUUAGGGGUGGAGCAUCCCCGUACAAAUGUUAAUAUCACUCAAUUCUUCGCUCGAUCCAUUUAGUAACCAUAAGUCUUACAGAAAGUCGAAUUUCCUUAAGUACCGGGUGUCCCUCGUGCCUUAGCUUCUUGUUCUCGCGGUCGACUUGCAUUGUGGCAAGUCUAGGACUUCGAUAACACAAUGCGCCUUGUUUAUUGUUAUAGUUUUUAGGUUGAAACGUAUGCCAAUGAUAGCCUAAACUGGCAUGAGGGAAUGAAAGUGAGAUGGGUCGGAGCUAUAUUAGACGCAAUGAAUGAAAUCCAGAGGAACUUGUCAAGGCUUACAACACCUUAUCUACUUGUCCAUCUUGAUGGAAAUCAACUAGCGAAGAUUGACGGUUCACGUUACUUACAUGAGAAUUUCUUAAGUAACGACAAGACAUUUAAGGUACACGAAUGAGCUGCUUUACUGACAGCACUGAGCGAACUAAUAGCCUCUCUAUGGGUAUUUCCGCUUGAUGGUAUAUCAUGAUGGCAGGAAGAGGCGGUCUUACAACGGCGUUUGUUCCUGUGGUGAUAUUGUCCUGCCCGGGGUAGGAGUUUCGGCCACUUUGUUCCAAGCGUAAUUAUUUUGAACUUAUCCCAACAACAGUCGUGAUUUGUCUAAACCCUUUUAACCCCAAGAGUGACCAAUAUCUAUUUUCUCCUAACAAUGUCACCACAUUUUCAAGGGAAAAGGUUAUGAGAAUUUAUAAAAUAAUCACCAAAGAGGAAAUUCUCGUCUCCAAACGGAUGUCUAAAGAAUAAUGUAGAGUUUUUCCUCUUCGGCCAAUUUUCCGUCCCGUUGUCAUUUUUAAAUCUAGCUAUUAUUAUUUCAAUAUAAACUCAACUGCGUGAAAAACUUGCUUUUCAGGUUUACAAAAAUGGACGCUAUGAACUGUUGAAUGAG